AUGGAAGUUGAGGAGAGAAAAAAGUCGAAGAAGCCAGCACAGGCCAACUCUAGAAAAGGUUGUAUGAAAGGUAAAGGAGGCCCUGAAAACGCGAGUUGCCCUUACAAGGGUGUGAGACAGAGAACUUGGGGUAAAUGGGUUGCUGAAAUCCGUGAGCCCAAUCGUGGCGCUCGUCUUUGGCUUGGAACAUUUAAAACAUCUCGUGAAGCUGCCUUGGCUUAUGACGCUGCCGCACGUAAGCUUUAUGGAUCAAGGGCCAAGCUCAAUCUACCUGAAAUCUCUAUGUCUAAGAAAUCUCAGGGUCAACAAUCUCUCCCCGACCCUCAAAAUGUCAAAACUGGAGAUUCGUACCCGCCUCAAAUUAAUCACAGUGUAGACAUGGUCACGAGUUCCGAUUUCAAUGCCAACCCUAACCCUACAAUACCGAUGGCUUCUCAACCAUUACGCAACAAUGAUUGCACACCCUCUUUACCCUUGGAUGGCAACCCUAAUCCAAUUGAUCCAACCUUUGAGGAUUUUUUGCCAUCUCUGGAAACAACGAAUGGUGGUUUUUCGAGUUUAAGUGAUUCCAUAUGGCCUGAUGAUGCCAUGCCAAUAGAUUUUCCUAUUAAUUAUGCAAAUUCUGGGAUUUUUACAGAGGCAAACAUGGCAGAUGGAAAUGGUUGGGACUCAUUGCAAACUCCAUGGUGCAUGUAA